AUGGUUCGGGGAGCGUACAGCCGAGGUGGCUCCAGCCGCUACAACAGCAACACUGCGAGUCGCGGGACCGGUGUACGCAGUUGGGCGCGAGCCCGAGUCUACGGAAUGAAGAACGCGAACUCCCGAUUCCCCGCGACACGAGGAAGGGGUGGAGCGUCCAGUAAUCUCGCCAUCGGUCGAGGGAGAUACGGCAAUUAUGGAAGCUACCGUGGCGCCAGCUCGUACGGACGUGGUCGUGGAUACACAGGUGGCCGUGGCUCCUCUGUGGCCGCUUACCGGGGCGGAAACGUGCCUCGAAAUGGCGUCCAGACCUACCGCGAAAGGCCAGCUCAGAGAGGCGGUCGAGGCGCUCGCGGCUCCUUCGCCUCGCGACGUGGAGGCCUUCGAGGCGGUCGCGGAGGCGCACGCGGCGGCUUCCGCGGCGGUCGCGGGGGACGAGGAGCCCGAGGCGGUCGUGGCGGCCGAGGAGGCGCGGCGGUCAACAAGGAGUCGCUGGACGCCGAGCUCGACAAGUACAUGGGAGAGGACAACAUCAAGAAGAGGCUAGACAACGACUUGGAAAACUACUUCAGCCGAAGCGGCGGUGUGACUGGCUCGCCAGCAACUGGCGGCGCUGCGGCCGGCCAAGCAGGUGACGAAGCCGCGCGCGUUGCAGGAGGCGUAGCCAAUGGGACUGCUGAUGCGGGCGUCGGUGCGCCUGGAGUUGCCCCGAGAGGUGGCAUGGAUGUUUCGAUGGACAACAGCCUUUAG